CUUCAAUAAUCCACAGCAGCGGAAAUUGAAAAACGGACCAUUGUAAACAAACUUGAACUGAGCAUAAUAUGGAUGUUUGUAUCAAAAUCUUUUGAGACAAAUUAUACCAUUGUUUAAUCAUCUAAUUUUAAUAUAUAAUAUGUCUCGGAUUGUGAAAAUUUUUAAAGCCUUCCGUAAUCAUCCCAAAAAAACUAUUUUAUUCUCUGCUCUUGCUGCUUAUGGCAUUAAUUAUGCCAAAUCAAAGUAUGAGGAAGAGCAGUUGCUAGCAGCCUACUGCAAAGAAGCAUCUUGGUAUGGAGAUCAACCAUUGCCUUAUUCUGCCAAUCAUCGCCACAUCACAGUUCUUCUAAAUCCGGCAGCUGCAGGAGGAAAAUGUAAAGCUCAAUUCGACAAGUAUUGUGCACCUCUGCUGCACUUGGCUGGCCUGAAAGUUGCUAUUGUGCGCACUGAACACCAAGGUCAAGCCAGGGAUCUCAUGGCCAUCAUGGAAAAGACAGAUGGCGUUGUACUUGCUGGUGGUGAUGGAACUUUGUCCGAAGCUUUAACUGGAUUGCUGCGACGUACAGACGACGCUGCCUCCCGUCUCCCUCUUUCAAUCCUUCCGCUCGGCGCGUGCAGUGUGGCUGGUAAGGCAGUGUGGGGCCUCUCUGAGCAGCCCCAGCCUCGUGACCUUCUGGAGGCAACAAUGGCCGUCGUGAGGGAGGUCCUCUCACCUAUGGACGUUAUGGAAGUCCUGCCCCUUACUUCUGCAGACGAGAAUCCUGCUAAACCCAUCUUCGCAUGCAUGCUGGAGUGGGGCGCUUACAGAGACGCCUGGGAGCGACGAGACAAGUAUUGGUACUGGGCAACGCUCAGGAGAUAUGUCACGUAUCUCUUCUCUUCUUAUAAAGACUUGAACUGGGACUGCAGCUGCAGCGUCUUGUACACGCUGCCAUGCGCCGGAUGCUCUCGUUGCGCCGGGCCGGCCUCGUCACCGCAAGACGUGAAGGAGAAAAAUAUUGGCCGCAGCAAGCGCUGGUAUCACUACCUUCUGCCUAGUAUGGGCAACGUUAACUUGGGACACGAGAAACCUGACACAUCGCUACCACACACGCGACCCACUGAAGACAGAAGUGGCGUGAUCAACCCCGAGUGUGGCGAGGUGCACGAGGAGACCGUGGGGCGCGUGUGCGAUGUGCGCGUCGCCACGCGGAACUCGCCCGCCGCCAGCCACCUCCUGCCUCAUCAGCUGCUCUUCCGCACCGGAGCUACCGACACCUCCACGACUGAGUUCAUCAGCGAAGGCUGGCGUCGUACAAGCAGCGGUGCGGCCACCCACGCGCGGGAGCAGCUCGUCGGCUCCAUCACCAUCCGUCCUACAGGGGAGCUCAAAAACAACCAGGGCGACGAGCGCGAGUUCUACGUCGACGGCGAGAGCUACGAAGUGCGGCCGGUCACCGUGCGCGUGAGACCGCGCGCCGUGUCCAUUUUUGCGCCUCCACGACCUGCGUAGUUACGGGACGUUAUUUUGCUGCUAUUGGUAUUGAAGAACUCAAUUAUAUAUCUUCAAAUUGUUCGGUGAAAGCAGAUAAAACAGGUUUAAGCUGAGAUUUUUAAUGGUUGGAGCUGCGUGGAGUUAAACAUGAUGGUUAAGUUUUAGCUUAACUUGAACUUCUGUGAAUCAUCAUUAGAAUUUUGAGGUACCUUUUUGAUAAAAUAUCGCCUAUAGGAUCAAAUCGAAUAAUUCAAUGAAUUGCCACCGCUAUUUUUUUUGGCUCAUGUAUUUCUUGUUAAUUUGUCCUUUCUUUAAACUUCAUUUAAUGUCAAUAAUUAUUAAUUUCAACUACUACUGUGACAUUCAUCUUUUUUUUUAUCCUGCUUGAAUUAUUUUGUUAUUUCGUUCAUUCUGUUAAGAAAUUUGUAUACCACAUUCAUUCUCUAUAUGUACAUUUAUUUUAUUAUUUAAACCUCUCUUAAAUUUCGUGCCAUUAGCAAGACUUUUCGAAAAGAAUCUGGAUUUAGAAAUAGAUUUGUCCAUUACAGUUGU